AUGGGUGAAUGUCCAGUUCACAAGUCCUCCAAUGUGGCCGGCCAUGGCACCAGGAAUACAGACUGGUGGCCCGAGAGCCUCAAGCUCAAUAUCCUGCGUCAGCACACCCAGGCCACAGACCCAAUGGGCAAGGACUUUGACUACGCACAGGCAUUCAAGAGCCUCGACUAUUAUGCUUUGAAGAAGGAUCUCCACAACCUGAUGACCGACUCUCAGGACUUCUGGCCUGCCGACUUUGGCCACUAUGGUGGUCUGUUCAUUCGAAUGGCUUGGCACAGUGCUGGUACCUACCGAGUGUUUGACGGCCGUGGCGGUGGUGGUCAGGGUCAGCAGAGAUUUGCCCCACUUAACAGUUGGCCCGACAACGUCAGUUUGGACAAGGCCCGCCGCCUGCUGUGGCCCAUCAAGCAAAAGUACGGCAACAAGAUCUCAUGGGCCGAUUUGCUACUCCUGACUGGUAAUGUUGCCCUGGAGUCCAUGGGUCUGAAGACUUUUGGCUUCGCUGGUGGCCGUCCCGAUGUAUGGGAGGCCGACGAGUCAGUUUACUGGGGUAGCGAGACCGAAUGGAUGACCAACGCCGCUCGUUACAAGCCCACGACUGAGGAGGAGAAGGAGAAGCAGGGUGACAUCAAGACCCGGGAUCCCGAAAGCCCCUUGGCUGCCGUCGUCAUGGGUUUGAUUUACGUGAACCCCGAGGGCCCUGACGCCAAGCCCGACCCCAUUGCUUCCGCUCGGGACAUCCGUAUCACCUUCGGCCGCAUGGCCAUGAACGACGAGGAGACUGUUGCUCUUAUUGCUGGUGGUCACACCUUCGGUAAGACCCACGGAGCUGCUCCCGCAGAUAAUAUUGGCGAAGAGCCCGAGGCCGCCGGUCUUCACCAGCAGGGUCUUGGCUGGACCAACAAGCACGGCACCGGAAAAGGUGCCCAUGCUAUCACCUCUGGUCUGGAGGUUACCUGGACCAAGACUCCUACCAAGUGGAGCAACCAGUUCCUCGAGUACCUCUUCAAGUACGAGUGGGAGCUGACCAAGUCCCCUGCCGGUGCCAACCAGUGGACUGCCAAGGAUGCCGACGAAAUUAUCCCCAACGCUUUUGACCCCAACAAGAAGCAGAAGCCGCGCAUGCUCACCACUGAUCUGGCUUUGCGCUUCGACCCUGAGUACGAGAAGAUCUCGCGCCGCUUCCUGGCCAAUCCUGACCAGCUCGCCGAUGCCUUCUCUCGGGCUUGGUUCAAGCUGCUUCACCGUGAUAUGGGUCCCCGUGUCCGCUGGCUCGGACCCGAGGUUCCCCAAGAGACUCUGCUCUGGGAGGACCCCGUUCCCGCUGUGGACCACCCUCUGAUUGACGUGGAGGACGCCGCUGAGCUCAAGCGAGAAAUUCUUAACUCGGGUGUCGAUCACACCAAGUUCAUCUCCACUGCUUGGGCCUCAGCCUCUACCUUCCGUGGUGGUGACAAGCGUGGCGGUGCCAACGGUGCCCGCAUCCGCCUCGCUCCCCAGAACAAGUGGGAGAUCAACAACCCCGCCCAGCUGCGAGAGGUCCUGAAUGUCCUGGAAGACAUUCAGCGCCGCUACAACAGCUCUCAGACGGGCAACAAGCGGGUGUCGCUGGCCGAUCUCAUUGUUCUGGCUGGUUCCGCCGCUCUGGAGAAGGCUGCUGGUAUUCCCGUUCCUUUCACUCCUGGUCGUACCGACGCCACCGAGGAGCAGACCGAUGUCGACUCCUUCGGCUACCUGGAGCCAGUCGCUGACGGUUUCCGCAACUACGGCCACUCCACCGGCCGUGUCCGCACUGAGCAGAUGCUCGUUGAUCGCGCUCAGCUCCUGACACUGACCGCCCCUGAGCUAACCGUCCUCGUCGGUGGUCUGCGUGUCCUCAACGGCAACUGGGACCGCUCCAACGCUGGUGUUUUCACCCAGCGUCCCGGUCAGCUGACCAACGACUUCUUCGUCAACCUUCUCGACAUGAACACUGAGUGGAAGCCUACCGGCAGUGACAACGAGACCUUCGAGGGUGUUGACCGCAAGACUGGUGCCAAGAAGUGGACUGCCACCCGCGUCGACCUCAUUUUCGGUCACCACGCUGAGCUGCGCGCUCUGGCCGAGGUUUACGGCAGCCACGAUGGUCAGUACCAGUUCGUGAACGACUUUGUCAAGGCUUGGGAUAAGGUUAUGAACUUGGACCGCUUCGACCUGGCGUAUGCUGCUCCCUCCAGCCGCCCUGCUCGUCUGUGA